AUGGCCAAGAAGAAGCGCCAGAGGAUCAGCUAUGUACUGCCUCUGGCAAGUACGCCAGGAGGCCAUAGACUUGGGGUGAACGGGCUAGCAUUUGACGAGGAUCGCUCCAUACUAUACACUGGCGGCCGCGAUGGCGUGAUAUGCGCGUGGGAUCUGGACUUGGAGGCGCAAAGAUUGAAUCAACGAGAGGCAGACGCAGCAAAGGACAAAAAGAGCACUGUAUCGUUCCGCAAGCAGGUGCAGGCGCACACUCACUGGGUCAACGAUAUUGUCCUGGUCAAAAAUAACCUUGGGUUAGUCUCUGCCUCGUCCGAUGUCACUGUCAAGCUGUGGAGGCCUCACGCACACGAAUCGUCCCAAGCGUACACCAUCGGUUCUCACAGCGACUAUAUUAAAUGCCUUGCAACGCCGGACCGGACAGCCAAUUGGGUAGCCUCUGGGGGCUUGGACCACAAGAUCUGUCUUUGGGAUCUAAACGGAGGUGGCAAGAACCUUGAAAUCAAUGUGGGAGCGGCACAGGAUGUGGUCAAGGGAUCUGUGUACUGCUUGCGUGCGCGGGGAUCCUUACUCGCUAGCGGAGGACCUGAAAGCGUCGUUAGAUUAUGGGACACCAAGUCUGGCAAAGGCAUAACAAAGCUUGUUGGACAUACGGACAAUGUCAGGGACAUCUUGAUCAGUGACGAUGGCGAUACACUGCUCACUGCCUCGUCCGACCAGACGAUCAAGGUCUGGUCUAUUGCCGCAGGUCGAUGCGUUCAUACCUUGACCAUGCACAACGACAGCGUCUGGUGUAUGUACUCGGACGACCCCAAUCUGGCUGUCUUCUACUCUGGGGAUAAAUCAGGUCUGGUGGCCAAGACUGAUACCCGACGGGCAAUGGAGAUUGAUGAUGGGGUAUCCGUCGCCGUCUGUCAAGAACACGAUGGUAUUGCUCGGGUACUCCCUGUUGGCGACUCUGUCUGGACAGCAACUUCAAGCUCAAGCGUCAAUCGCUGGCUCGACGUCGAUACCGAGCUUGAGGUUGAAACACCUCCGGCGUCUCCACGUGAAGAAAGGGCCGCCAGCCCAGAAGCCAGAAGUCAUUUGAGCCCCGAGCCCCUAGCGUCUUCGUCGCCUCCGACAACGAACGGCACCACGAACGGUGAAGUCGAGCACAAAAAGAAAAUCCCUCACAAUGCAAUCCUUCGCGUCUCAAACACAGCCCUUCAUCCUGGCAGGAAGCAUCUCGGCACACAUACCAACGUAUCGACCACAAAUUUGAGGAAGGCUUCGGAGGCCAUGAUCGCAGAUGACCUGAGUCUGGUUGUCCCUAUUAGGGGCCAACCCGCUGAAACCAUUGAAGGACAAAAUGGGCUCAUCAAACACGUCAUGCUGAACGAUAGGAAAAGAAUACUCACCUUGGAUACUGCCGGCGAGGUAGUCCUGUGGGACCUUCUCAAGGCAAGGCGUACUCUCCUGACGGCGUGCAUUCCCAUCAAGUCCUUCGGCCGCCGCCAUCUUGACGAAGUCGUGCCAGAGGUCAAUACAACUGAGAGCGUUGCUAACUGGUGUGGCGUGGACACGAAGACUGGAAAGAUCACAGUCAUGCUCGAGGAGAAUUACUGCUUUGAUGCUGAAGUUUAUGCAGACGAGCUAGACUUGCCCAGCGAUCUUACCUUUCGUGAGGAUCAGAGAAUCAAUCUCGGCAAAUGGGUGCUACGCAACUUGUUUUCGAAGCUAGUUGACGAAGAAAUUGCUCGGGAUGAAGCCUAUAGAAGUACACUCCAGAAUUCCGUCAGUGCUCCUACUCCAAGUGGCAUUGUUCGACCUGGAGCGCCAACCAGCAUCAAAUUGCCGGAAUCUGUUGGCACGACACCCAUGGUAUCACCGGGGACAGUUGUGACGCCUCGCGCCUCGAACGGCUUCUCUAUGGUUCCUGCCACUCCGGGAUUCGUGAUUGGCGCUGCUACUCCCGGCUUCGCGCCACUGACCGCUACACUUCCUCCCACCGCAGAAGAAGAGCCAGCACAGACUCCCAAUGGAGCGCCUCCACGGUCACCGCGAGCGCAGACUCCCCGAGUGGGAACCCCUCGAGCGCAAACACCUCAUGUGCAACCAACACCGUCAGCGACGGAAUCCCAGAGUGUCGACUAUUUCUCUUCAACCAACACUACGGCCAACAAUCAGUCUGAGGCAUCUUCGGAAAGCGAUAAAGUCCCCAAAACACCUGGAGGUGGCCCGGCAUCGACGGAAACCAACGCUCAGGGUAUGACACCAACGUCACCAACCGAGGAGAGGAAAAAGGGCCUGUUUGGCAAGAAGUUCGGCAUGGGGAUGUCCUUCCCGAAGAAGAUGGCGAGCCGUGCGUCUGCAGAAGUGAAAGCGCCAGUUGUAUCAACAGAAGAGAGAUCUUCUGACACGGCGUCAGUCCGGUCUUCGGAGAAAGACGUCGAGAAGGUCAACAUCGAAGAUAAUUUCUUCGGUGUCGUUCAGAAGAUCCGGCUAGAGUAUGAUGAACAUCUCGAGACCAAACCAGAACAGCCCCUACCGCAAGGGAUAACUCCCUCCCUACCGGCGGAGACGCCUGUGCUACAUCCACCACCGCACACCACUAUCAUUAUCCAGGAAGAUAACCCGGAAAGUGGUGGAUUGGCAGAUCAAUAUAGGGGUGAGAUCAGUGAGUUGGGAAAUCCUGCGGAGGUGGACGCCCUUGAGAAGAUUGCCCCGAUGUGGUUGGGUGACUUGUUACUGAAGAAUCAAAUCCCAUACAAAGACACCGUCAAGGUGUCCUUCGUCUUGCACCCCUAUGAGAAUUUGCUCCCGCCAAUCGCUUCACCUGACGGCAAUUCUCGGCUCAACGCGAACCGCAUGCUCCGCGCAAAGAAAAUCAUGGCGUACAUCGCUGAGAGGAUUGAGGCUCCUGCAGCUCAACAACAUGCUCAAUCCUCCGAGACCACGGAAGGUGGAUUGCAAUCCAAUGAUGAAACGCAGCAGCAGCAGCAGCCAGACAUUACCGCCCCUGCUGUUGAAGCAGAAGCAGGACCAGAAGAGAACCCGGAGGAGUCUCAGCUCAAGCCAGAGGAGUAUUUGGAGCUCUAUUGCCAGAACCAACUGGUCCAUCCCAACACGACGCUGGCCACGCUGCGCGUGCACGUGUGGCGAACAGGUGGCGAUGUGGUGUUAUAUUAUAAAUCCAAUGGCAGGAAGAAGUUGAUCUUACCACAUCCCUCGCAGGUGCCUACGAAUGUGGAGAGUGAGGAGACGACGGGUGUAGUGAGAUAG